GCAGGUUGGCGUCUCAGUCCCCAGCCGGGAGCCGCGCAGCUUUUCGCGUUCCAACUCCAGCGCCGCCGACCCGGACCGGACCCUGACCCACAGUUUCGCCAGGGGCAGCACCAGGAGCAAGGCUCCCCGCAAUCACUUUCUCUGCGCGGCUCCGUCACCCCGGGGAGUCCCAGGUGCGCACCUGCCAGCUCCGCCUUCUGCACCUGCCACCGGCGAGCCAGCGCGGGCACCGGAGAGAGCCAUGGCCAACGCGGGGCUGCAGCUGUUAGGCUUCAUCCUGGCCUUCCUGGGCUGGAUCGGCUCCAUCGUCAGCACGGCACUGCCCCAAUGGAAGAUUUACUCCUACGCCGGCGACAACAUCGUGACUGCCCAGGCCAUCUACGAGGGGCUGUGGAUGUCCUGCGUGUCACAGAGCACGGGGCAGAUACAGUGCAAAGUCUUCGACUCCUUACUGAAUCUGAACAGCACUUUGCAAGCAACCCGCGCUUUGAUGGUGAUUGGCAUCCUUCUGGGACUUAUAGCCAUCUUUGUGGCCACUGUUGGCAUGAAGUGUAUGAAGUGCAUGGAAGACGAUGAGGUGCAGAAGAUGCGGAUGGCUGUCAUUGGGGGUGUGACAUUUCUCAUUGCAGGUCUGGCUGUUUUAGUUGCCACAGCAUGGUAUGGCAAUAGAAUUGUUCAAGAAUUUUAUGAUCCCAUGACCCCGGUCAAUGCCAGGUAUGAAUUUGGUCAGGCUCUCUUCACUGGCUGGGCUGCUGCUUCUCUCUGCCUUCUGGGAGGUGCCCUACUUUGCUGUUCCUGUCCCCGGAAAACAACAUCUUACCCAACGCCACGGCCUUAUCCAAAACCUGCACCUUCCAGUGGGAAAGACUACGUGUGACACAGAAGCAAAAGGAGACAGCACUAACGAAAGAAGUAGAAAAUGGACAUUGUAAUACUGUCAUUGACCUUAGACUUUUGACUAUUGUAGUCUGAACUGUGGUAUUACCAAACCAAACCAAACAAAACCAAAAAAAAAAAAAAAAAAAAAAAAAAAACACCAAAAAAAAACAAACCAAAAACAAAAAACCCGAUAUUUAAAAAAAAAAAUACCCAUUGCUAAAAAUGGCUUAGUCUUAUUUUAUCUCCUUUCCUUCAAUACAGGAAGGAAGCCUUUUCCAUUUUUAUUACUGCUUCCCACUGAGUAAUCACCUCAAAUGUGGGGAGGGGGCGCUCCAUAAAUAUAUAUAGAUAUGUAUAUAUACAUGUUUUUCUAUAAAAAGUUCGAUAACAAAAGCUCUUAUCAUUGUAUUGGUACCAUUAUACUUAAAGUAUAUCUAAAAAAAGAAAAAUAUAUUUAAUUCUAUAUUGAUUGAAAAAAGCAGUUUAUUUGGUAUAUUUCUCUUCUUCUGUAUGGACACAUAUAUAAUAGGUCAAAUAUCAUUUUCCCUCUUUCAUGAGUUUUUAGUGUCUUUGACAGAAGCCCUAAUCUAUUUUAUCAAGUAUGACUUUUUUCACUUCUUCACAUGUGCCCUUUUCAUGUGCUUCUUUUAUAUUAUUUUUAUUAUAGUCUUACACUAUGUGCUUUGUCAUCAGUCAUUUUUCAUGUCUUUAUUGUUUUUUUUCAUUAGGUUGAGCUUAAUAUUGAAUCUGAUAACACAUUUUAUAUGACUACAAUUUAAUGCCUAGAGUCAGUAAGAAUCUCUUACAAAUCAGAGCGUUAGGAGAAUAUCUUUCUGUAUGACCAGAUGAUAUAUUCCUGUUGACCUUCCCACACGAUGUCUGUACUCUGCCUUACAACACUCUUGUUUGCUUUGAAAAUAUUUGUCUGAUUGAGUUGCUGUGUGCUACUUUCCCAGGUGUUGUAACACAAUUUUAUUGAUUGAGUUUUUAAGCUACUUAUUCACAGUUGUAUAUCCCCCCCAAACUAUCUUUUUCUCCCCGCACCCCCUCAACCAUAUUGUUUUCUCAUAUGUAAUUAUCAUAUAGUUUACUUCUUUCUAGAAAAAAAAUGUCUCACAUGUCUGAAUGAAGUGCUAAACUUCCUGUAGUGAUAAGCUGAUGACGAAUAUUCCCUCUCUAGCUGUAAGCGAGUCACUUAAUCUUUCUCCUUUUUUCCCAUCUGUCAAAUUGAGAUAAUGAUACUUAACCAGCUGGUAGAGGCAGUGUGAGUAUCAAUUAGUUGAUAUUAUUCUCAUGCUUUGAACAUGAACUAUGCCUAAGUAGUGUUUUUAUUUGCUCAAUUGGCUGUUAAGAAGUCACUGAACCCAACCUCUACAAUGCCUUUACAUCGCCCAGCACCUUCCUUUCUCUAUUGGUCCAUUUCCUUUCUAUCAGCUGUGUAUGCCAUGCUAUUGGUUCCCUGUUCCAUUUUAACAAUUGCUCUUCAUGUUCCUGUCUGAGAAAUUACUACUUCACUUGAGCAAGAUGAUGUAAUGGAAGGGUGUUGGCUUUGGUGUCUGGAGACCUGAUUUGAAUCUUGGUGCUAUCAAUUACUACGUGAGUUUGGGCAAGGCACUUUGCUGCCCUAGAUUUAUUGCCUCAUCUGUAAAAAGGGGAUUGUGACUCCUGACCUGCCUACCUCACAGGGCUGUUGUGGGGAUCCAGUAAUAUGGGAUACAUGUAAAUAUGGUUUGAUAAGGUAAAAAGAAAAAUACUCUAUGAAAAAAGAAUUAAGGAUUUGAGUGCAUAGGUUUUGGGUUGCUUUUCAAAUCACUGAAAAGAGAGAAAUUUUAAGAAAUGGCUUUCUUGCCUUAAUCUCUCACAUGAUGGGACACUAAAAUGGAAUUCAGCUUACUAAAUGGAAAAGAUUCUGAGGAAGUCUUAGUUUCUUCAGUCAGUAUGGCCUGAUGCUUUUUGUGGCUAAGCUCUUCUCCUUUCAGUAAUGCAGACUUGACUUAGCACAAGUUUGCAGAUGUAAUGGGUAAAACAGGAGCGUAAGCAUUAGCAAAGGCAAAAUAUGGAAGAUUUUUUGAAUUAUAGUAACUGGCCAGCAUAUACAAGGUGUUGCUAUUAGCUGGCAGCUAGCACUACUUGAAUAGGUAGUUUGGGAAUGGUAAUUCAUGGUGAAACCACAUGGGGAAGUUAUCCAAAGGGCUGCAUCAUAUGAGGAUAUGAACCAGAAAAUUUUAGUGUGUCUUCAAAAUCUGAAACUCUAUGUUCUUAGAAGGUAUAAAUCAAAGAGACUUUCUACUUACAUACGUCCUAAUGAUGUCUGAGUGUAAAUGUAUGUGGCUACUGGUUGCUAAACUCUACAGAGAAAUUGAUAGUCUAAAAUGGCCAACAGAAUUGGUACACCAGAAUUUACCCAAUUCUGCUAUUUUUGUACUCCUCUUCUGUGCCUGGAAACAGACAAAUAGAUAUUUUGGAGUUUUGUAAUGGGAAUUUGUAUAAAGCAUUACUCUUUUUCAAUAAACUGUGUUUUUU